AUGGGCCUUUUGCCAGGCCUUUUGCCCUGGUCGCACUGCCUGGCAGCGGCGCUCGCCACGCUUCUCGCCCCCGCUUCGGCCGCGACGGCGUCCAAGCGAGCCGACCUGCCGUACCCUGCCCGAUCCAGCUACCGCAUCAAGGGCAUCCAGCCUGACUUCUGGCCGGACUGGGACGACAUCUCGGGCAACAAUGCGGGCGGGGUGUCGAUGAACCUGGUCUGGGCCAGCUGGGAAGCCCGCGUCGCCGCAGCGCCCUGCGCCCCCGGCCGGCAGGAGUACGACGGGCGAUGCUUCACCGUCGACGCGGCCGUCGACGCGGCCAUCAAGGCAUGGACGGACCGCGGCCUCGUGGUGACGGCCAUCGUGUACGGAACCCCGGCGUGGGCUCGCGGGAAGCGCCGCUGCGCCCCGCCCGCAGCCGGCAUGGACUUGUUCUGCGUGCCCGACCACCCCGCCGACUUUGGGCGCUUCGCCGGCAUGCUGGCCCGGCGGUACGACGGGCGCCACGGCCGCGGCAGGAUCGCCGACUUUGUCGUCAACAACGAGGUCAACUCGUACGAGUGGUUCAACAUUGGCUGCGGCCGAGGCCAGGGCGUGGCGUGCGCCGAGGACGAGUGGCUCGACCUCAUCGCCGCCAACUACGUGGCCGCGUACGACCGCAUCGUCUCGGAGCAGCCGACGGCCAAGGUGCUCACGUCGCUGGACCACCGGUUCGGCAGCGAGCUCGACGAUCCCCGAAGCGGCACGCUGUCCGGCAUGACGGUGGUCCAAGGUCUCGCCGCUCGGGCCGGCUCCCGCCGCUGGCGCGUCGCCUUCCACCCGUACGCCCCGGACCUGUUCAGCCCGGCUUUCUCGGCCGACGACUACCCCAAGGUCACGUAUGGCAACGUCGGCGUGCUGGUGGGCUGGCUUCGUCAGCGGUUCCCCGACAAGCCCCACGCGUGGACGGUGCAGCUUACGGAAAGCGGCGUCAACUCCGGAGGCCCGUCCAGCGAGGCUGCGCAGGCCACGGCCAUCUGCCAGUCCUUCCGCAACAUCCUCGGGACGCCCAACAUUGAAAGCCACGUAUACCAUCGCAUGCAAGACAACGCUGCCGAGGGCGGCUUGCUGCUCGGCCUUCGAAACGUCAACGGAUCGGCGAAAGCCUCGUGGUCGACCUGGGCGCUUGCCAACAGGAACGACCUGUCGCCUCCUCAGCUAUCCUGCGGGUUCGAGACGCUGCCUUACACAAGACUGACGCGAGGGUACAGCUCCAGCAGGGGCCACGUAGCCUCUACCAGGCAGCUCCCUCUGGGUUUCGCCCCCGAGCAAAGCUGGCGGCUGCUACGAGACGAGAAGGCAGGGACGAGGAUGCUGUACGAGUGCAAGGUGGCAGGGCAUUCCCUCCUGACCCCCGACCCGGGCUGCGAAGGCCAGUUUCCUCUGGGGCCAGUGGGAUACAUUUAUGCGAGCCAGGUUGCCGGGUCCGUGCCGCUGUACCGCUGCUACAUUUCUCAGAACGGGGACCACUUUGUGUCGCCCAGGUCUGACUGCGAGGGCCCGUACAAGAUGGAGUCUCUGCUUGGCUAUGCCAUUCCCACAUCGCCGGCAAAUUGCCCGUUUCCCCUCACCUCGACAAGCCUCUCUGCACAAGCAAGCCAGAGCAACCGAGAGACAAGCAUCGCCCCCAGUCUCUUCCACCCGCCCUCUCAAACUCGCUACUUUUCCCACCGCCUCCCUCACAAAAAGCUGAAAAUGGCCGACGCCGGGCGACAGACCGGAACCGUCAAGUGGUUCAACGACGAAAAGGGCUUCGGCUUCAUCACCCCCGACGACGGCGGCUCCGACCUCUUUGUGCACUUCCGCGGCAUCGAGAUGGAGGGCUUCAAGGCCCUCAAGGAUGGGCAGGCCGUGACGUUUGUCGCCGUCCAGGGACAAAAGGGCAUGCAGGCCGACAAAGUGCGGCUGGCGGCCUAG